UUGACGGCUUGUGUUGAAGCGACAAAAAUGGCCUCCGCGGAACAGGUUGGUCUUAAUAAAACUUGGGAAUUAUCGCUUUAUGAGCUACAUCGGACACCUCAGGAUGCAAUUACGGAUAAUACAGAGAUUGCGGUUAGUCCGCGGAGUUUGCACAGUGAACUUAUGUGUCCAAUAUGUCUAGAUAUGCUUAAAAAAACAAUGACGACAAAGGAGUGUCUACAUCGUUUCUGCUCCGAUUGCAUUAUCACUGCACUACGAAGUGGUAACAAGGAAUGUCCGACAUGUCGAAAGAAACUUGUGUCAAAACGUUCCCUGAGGCCGGAUCCAAAUUUUGAUUUGUUAAUUUCGAAAAUUUAUCCCAGUCGAGAUGAAUAUGAGGCACAUCAGGAACGUGUUUUGGCAAAACUCAAUAAAUCGCAUUCACAAGCCGCCCUCGUUAAUUCAAUUACUGAAGGUAUAAAAUUACAAAGUCAAAACAGGCCGCAACGUUCACGAAAGAAUAUUAACGAAUCGGAAAAUACGAGUGGUACAGCGUCCUAUAAUAAUACGCCAAAUGUCAGUGCGCCAACGACCCCAAAUCCAGCAGUAACCGCGGCAAAUCAAAGUGAUUCCUCACAAAGUGCAACUGGACCCGCAAAUACGAACAAUUCAAAUUCAAACAGUGCAUCACAACCCGCCAGUAGUCCUGCCGUUUCAGGAUCCACUUCGAGGAAUUCAACUACUCCAUCACCAAAUCCAGCUAAUCAAAUACCAAAGCCCGCGAAACGACAGAAAAGUCUUCAAAAUUCAGAAAAUGACUCAUCGAGUGCAGAAGCGGAAACUGGAGGUGGUGAUUCAAUGGUCGAUACGGAAGGCGAAGGGCCAAGCGAGCCUCUAAUGCUCAAUGAAAUUGAACUUGUUUUUAAACCACAUCCCACGGAAAUGGCGGGAGAUAAUUCGUUAAUAAAAGCUUUAAAGGAGAAUAGUAUUCGGUAUAUCAAGACGACUGCGAAUGCAACUGUGGACCAUCUCAGCAAAUAUUUGGCGAUGCGAUUAACACUGGAUUUAGACACGGAAUUAUCCGAGUCGGACAGGCUUUUGAAUUUCUGCAUAUACAUUGCCCCGUCACCCGGACAACUUGUGGUUUUAAGUGGUUCACAGACGUUGCGGCAAGUGAACGACAAAUUUUGGCGAGUAAAUCGACCAUUAGAAAUGUACUAUUCGUGGAAAAAAACCUAGGGAAGGGUUCGCAAAUCUCAUUUAAAUGGGAGCUAGUCAAAUUUCAGCUCCAGAAUUAAAACACAAAAAAAACAAAAAACAAAAAAAAUAGAAGACAAAAAUGUAGAGGAGAAGAAUAAGAGCUUAUACAAAAAAAAGAUACUAAUCAAAUAGUAUUUGAAAGAAAGAAUAUCAAAUUUCUCCCCUCCGGAAGAAAACCUGACGUCUUUGUAAACGUAGAAAAAUUACGUUUCAACACCUAGUUGAUGAAAUUGUGUGUUUUCUUUUUUCUUUUCAAAUUCAUUUUUUCUUCCGGUUUAAAAUAAUUGUAAAAUAUUUCUUUUUAUUUUCGUCGAGAUAGUUCUUUGAGGAGAAUGUUUCUACCGGUGUUGGAUACCGUUUUUUUGUAAAUAGCAAAAUCUGUGAACGUGUACCUAAAAAAUGUAAGCAUCGAGAAUGAUGAAAUUGUUUAUUAAUAUCAAAAGCGAAGAGACAGCUUCGUAUUUCGUUUUUUUUUUUUUUUUGUUUAAUAUAAUUGACUGAUAUUCAUCGGAAUGCUUUACGCGGGAACACAAAGAAUGAAAAAAAGCUCCACGAAAUUAUUCGUGCUGCAAAAUUUUAUAUUUAUGUGUAGUCAGAAAUAAAUGCGGUGUUUUCACUUGAA